UGGCAUUAAAUAAAACCGCGCAAUGUACCAUAAAAUACAAAAAGUACACGUAACGCAAUGUCACUUUCGAAGCGGGUUCAAUAGUGUGCGAACGCGCUCGUCGGCUAUUGUCAAUGUUAAUUAUGGCUGCGUGAAGUCAAGGUCGGAGCAGAUCGAUAGCGCUGAAUGACGACGGACAAGCUUGCAAUAUGCAUUCUUCGCAUGCGGCGUACCUACGUGUGCGUUCAAGAUCACUGUGUUGAAGAAAGUGAAUGAAAGUAGAAACAUUCCACUCCGCGCAGCUAGAUCUGAUGCGGUUUAUUUAACAUUUUCCACGUGAUUUUCUUGAGGAAUUGAAUACUUAACAAAGUAUUCAAUGCUUAUAAAAUAUUUUCAGCCUGAAAUUAAUUUUCUGUAUUGACUUCUUCUAAAAAUAUCCGAGUAAUACAUAAAAUACCUAGUUAUUAUAGUACCCGAAAAAGCAAUACAUAAAAUAUUACCAAUAGUAAUAACAAGAUACCUAUCUAUUUAUCAGAAAUCACCGUGAAAGAAAAUGCGUAGGAAUACGUUUGCCACGUGUGGUGGGAGGAAAGUAUUGAUUUAUUUUAUCACGUCUUCUUAUUCAACAAACGUUCAUAUUUAUUCCAAAUAAAUAAUUGUUUAGUUUAACGUCAACCUUGGUUAAUAAUAAUUAAUCAUGAAAGAGACGAUCGCUCGCACAAUGUUUACAUAAUACCUAUGUACUUUAAAUCUGUAUAUUAAAAAAAGGUCUUAUCAUCCUUAAGUCUAUAUAAGCUACGUGAAAUCGCGUUUCUUUUCAAAUAAAGUGUGAAAGGAAUGAUGCAAAUGAGAAAGAUUAAAACAUCAGUCCAUUAGGUAAAUUUUAUCCCUAAAAAUAUGAACUUUGCGUAUUUUUUUUACAAAUUAUGACGUGAAAAGCUUGAAUCAGCAAUAAAUUACAUAGAGUUGAUGAUAUCCAAAAAAUGGCUGUGGUUAUAAGCAUAAACACUGGCUGUAUAUUAAUUGGUCUAUAUUUAAAUGAAUACAAAGCAGUAUUUUUAUUUCACGGGAGAUUUAGCCACACGAAAUUCAAAUCGUGAUUUUCUAGGUAAUCAUGAAAUCUUUGUUGAAAAACAUUACAAGAUGAUAAAAACAUUUCAAAAUCGUGUUUUAGGUGAUUUGAUUCAAGUCUGUUGGUAUCAUAAAGAUGCGACAACUGUAGAAAUUUGCGGCAUGCGGCAUACAUGAUUACUUUGUUUACAUAAUUUGAAUGCGUGUCAAACGGAUAAAUUCAAAUUCAUUAUAUUAAAUACGAGCCUUGAUCGAAAACAUGACAAGCUUCACAAAAAAUUGCGAUUACGUCACGACAAGGUUGUUUUUAGUUUUUAUUGAAUCAUCAAUUCAAAAUAAGUCAUCGGUUUAUGCUAUUAAACAUAUAGAUAAUCCAAUUAUCCAAAAUUGUGCGCACAAGUUUAUCGAUGUUUAUAUUAUCUUUGUCCUUUCCAAUCCUGUCGGAACUCGGAAUGAUAAACAUUAAACACCACGUGACACCUUUAUAUUACUAUGUACACGUGUAAAAUAUAUUUUGUCAAUGUACCUACGAAUGUUAUACUUAAGGGAACUUGAAUUAAUGUUUUAGAUAAAUAUUUGGAAGGCACGUACGCCAAGAACACCAAGGUCGCACACGUGUAGCUGUAGGGUGUAUGUUCCCUACCAUAUUAGAAGCGACGCGGACGCUUCGUCUUUUUGUGUACCAUCAAUUGAAUUGUAAAUUAUAAAUCGCCAAAAUUCUCGCCUUAGUUGCGAGCGAAGUAAAACGCAGUUGGCUAUUAAAAUUGUAAAUAGGUAUAUGUUUUUUUAUCGUUCAACUGAAUAAUGCAACGUUUCACCGUUCACGUUUCCAACAAAGAUAAAAGUGGUCGUGUAGCCGUAGGAGGUAUUAAAAAAAAAUGCACUGCUGAUUUUUUUGAUCGAUGGUGGCAAAGAUUAGUACAGAUAUUAAUCUUUGUUUUCAAUAUAAUUAAGCAUUAUUUGUCGAAUAUGAACAAAUGCGAUAAAUGCGUUUGAGUGACAUGGCGAAAAAUUUGACGGUAGAGGCUAGAUUAGGGUGUUCGGUCUGAGUGACGUAAAACUUAAUUACAGAAAUGUUUCGCAACCACGAUCACGAAGGCCGUCACCUAACAACUCCAAUUAUUUAGUUGAUUCAUAUUCUAUCAUAGCCAUAAAUAUAUAAAACAUAUACGCGUCGUCGUUCGUCGGUUCCAUAUAAUUUCUUGGAUAUUGGCAAAAAGUCGAUUAUGCCAACGCGUUUUUCAACAUAAAGUCAGAUUUAUUCACUUAUGAUUGUAUGCGGACCUUGAGCGCGCCUGUUGAGCUGAGACCUUCAUGUUGGUAACCGCGCGGAAGUUGACGGGUGCAAAAUAUUGGAGCGGUACGCGAGUGUCGUUGUGUCGGCCGGUAGUGAUGUGAGGAUGUUAGUGCGCGGUCAUGUCGAGUGUGGCGAAGAAAGACAAGCCGACGAUGUCUGUGACUGCGCUUAUGCAGUGGGCGCGGCCGGCGCCGCCGGGGCCGCAGCAGCCGCCGCCCGCGACCCCCGCGCCCUCCGCCAACAUGCUGCAGUCGCCCGGGACUCCUACAAUGUCCAACGUGGAUUACUCCAUCGACAUGCAAUGGUUGAACCUGGAGCCAGGUUUUAUGUCGCCUAUGUCACCGCCUGAAAUGAAGCCGGACACAGCGAUGCUGGACGGCGGAAUGCGUGACGACGCGACGUCUCCCCCUGCGCUCAGGAAUUAUCCGCCGAACCAUCCUCUCAGUGGAUCAAAACACUUAUGCUCGAUAUGCGGCGACAGAGCGUCGGGCAAACACUACGGGGUGUACAGCUGCGAAGGAUGUAAAGGCUUCUUCAAACGGACGGUUCGAAAAGACCUUACGUACGCGUGUCGAGAAGAAAGGAAUUGCAUAAUAGACAAACGGCAGAGGAAUCGAUGUCAGUUCUGCCGCUACCAGAAAUGUCUCGCGUGUGGUAUGAAGCGGGAGGCGGUGCAGGAGGAGCGGCAGAGGGCGGCGCGGGGGGCGGAGGACGCGCAUCCUAGCAGUUCUGUACAGGAAUUGUCGAUAGAGCGGCUAUUAGAAAUGGAGUCGUUGGUAGCGGAUCCCAGUGAGGAAUUUCAGUUUUUGCGCGUAGGGCCCGACACUAACGUGCCGCCGCGGUACCGGGCGCCUGUCUCUAGCCUUUGUCAAAUAGGUAACAAACAAAUAGCCGCGCUAGUUGUGUGGGCUCGCGACAUCCCCCACUUCAGCCAGCUGGAGAUGGACGACCAGGUGCUGCUCAUCAAGGCGUCCUGGAACGAGCUGCUGCUGUUCGCGAUCGCUUGGCGGUCUAUGGAGUACUUGGAAGACGACCGAGAAAAUAUGGACGGCACGCGAACUGUCUCGCCGCCGCAGCUCAUGUGUCUCAUGCCAGGUAUGACGUUGCACCGCAACUCAGCGCUGCAGGCGGGCGUGGGGCAGAUCUUCGACCGCGUGCUGUCGGAGCUGUCGCUGAAGAUGCGCGCACUGCGCAUGGACCAGGCGGAGUACGUCGCGCUCAAGGCCAUCGUGCUGCUUAACCCGGAUGUUAAGGGCUUGAAGAAUCGCCAGGAAGUCGACGUACUACGAGAAAAGAUGUUCUCGUGCCUGGACGAGUACUGCCGGCGGUCGCACAGCGCGGAGGAGGGCCGGUUCGCGUCGCUGCUGCUGCGCCUGCCCGCGCUGCGCUCCAUCUCGCUCAAGGGCUUCGAGCACCUGUUCUUCUUCCACCUGGUGGCCGAGGGCAACAUCAGCGGCUUCAUCCGCGAGGCGCUGCGCAACCACGCGCCGCCCAUCGACGCCAACUCGAUGAUGUAACCGCACUGGAUCCUUCUACAACGUUCCAGAACGCUCGGCUUGGCAACCUCGCGCGACACACCACACGCGACACGUGCGGCAACCGCGCCGAACCGUCUCGAAACUUGUAGAAUCCUUGAGAACUAUCGCGCGCAUUGGCAACCUCGCGCGGCACAUGCGCUAACCGCGCCGAACCUUCUAGAACAUUCGAGAACGUUCUGGAACUUUCGAGAGUUUUUGGGACAGCAGCGCGUGAGCUGCGGUAUGCUUUAUGAAUACAUAGUGAGUUGCAGGAUAAAACCUUCUAUCUGUCAUUGCGUUUUACUCAUUUGUAAAAAUAUUAUUGAGCUUAGUAUUUGAAUCUAUAUUCUCUAAAGACUAGUUUGGACAUAUAAAAUUUGUUCUGCUGACUAGCUAUGAUUUAUUACAGUAGAAUUUUAAUUACACGUAUAGAGUACUCACGGACCGCGGCUCACAUGUUGUAAUCUGUUUCGUUAGGUUUCGAUCGAUUCGAUGUUUGGAUUAUAGGAUUUGUUGUUUAGAAUGUUCGAGACAGUGUUAAGUUAUGUAGCAGUUAUUCUGUAACAUUAAGUAACCAGUUGAAGUUUAUGUUUCAUUAUGUAAUUUUAAAUACCUAUCCAUAUUAAUUAUAAUAGCUAAAAUAAGUAUGCGGCGGGGCCGCUUUACAUGCAGUGUACAAACUAUUUUUGUUUAUAUCAUACUAAAUGUAUAACUAUAAUAUUUAGAAUGGAAUUAUUUUUACACUACAUUUUGGUCUAAAACUUUUGAACCCGCGCUCCAACUGUAUAAAUAUAUUAGCAUCGUGUUAAUUAUUGGGAUUAAAUGUAAUAAUAUUUUUAAGUUAAUUUUAAUUUGUGUCACAAUAUAUGUGGCAACCAAAGCUAGAUUUUGUCUAUGACGUAAAUUUCUUGUAUUUAUUUUUCUGAUACAGUUUAUCGUCUAUGCAUUUAGUUCAAGUUAGAACUUUCUUAUUUACUACUUAUACAAAUUUACUAUCUAAGAAUCAUAGGAGAAUUAACUAUUGUAAGGAAUUAGGUGUCAUUUAUAAUUAAUAAAUCUUAUACAAGCAGU